AUGUAUAUUUCGGUGCUACAUUCUUUGAAUAAUUGCUAUAGAUAACACGUUACGGUGACGUCAUGUAUCAUAUGUCAGUUCUAACCCAACCUAAGCCUAACUUAACCCUAUUUGAACGGCAUCAAUGAUUGUUCGAUCAGCUGAUUACAGUACACAGCUGAUCAUUAGCAAGGAUGUGUACAAAUUUGCCUGCAUAUUUACAUCCGUGUGACGAUAAUUCGAGCCUAGAAAUUAUUUUAAUGUAAACGAAAAGUUGAAAACGAACAAUUACUUUACUUUGAUAGUAUACUUUUUGUACAUUUCUUUUAAAACGAAAUGAAUGUGUAUUGACUUGGAACAUAAGAGGAGACAAAUUGUACAAAAUGCGAAUAAAAUAAGCAGGCCUAUCUCUAUCUCUGUCUCUAUCUCUUCCGGACUUAAUUCAUGUUAUAAAUCAAGAGUUGUAUAAGUAUGCUACGUCGCGCGAGCGCAUUCUAAUCAAGGCAAAAUUCACAAAUAGGAAUUUGUGAGUGUGAUAUUGCAUUCUUCGGUGUAUUUUUCAAUCCUGGAAAAUUUCAGAAUCGAUCUUUAUCAUUGACUUGGGCUCAUGACACAUUUACGGCUAAAUUCUAUGCCCAAGUUCCAAUCGAUGACCCGCAGAAAGUUUUUCGCCCGGACGAACGUGAUGAUAUUCUUCGUGCCGGUCGUGCUCAUAUUGGUCUUCCUGUGCGCGCGUUAUCCAGCUCGAGAAUGCUCGCCGGAUGAACAGAUGAUUCUGGACAGUAAGCCCAAGUACCGGCUCAUUAUUCUGAUUCUCAGCAGUCCGGACAACCUCGAGCGCCGGGACACCAUCAGGAAGACCUGGUUGGCCGAUCGUGGCCACGAUGCCAUGAUGAGACAUUUCUUCGUCGUCGGCACCCAGGACAUCCUGCCGGAGCAAAGGAACACCUUGCAGUCGGAAAAGGAGAAGUUUGACGAUCUGUUGCUGUUGCCUCGAUUGCAAGAUUCCUAUGGCAUAUUGACAAAGAAAGUUCUUUACGCUCUUAAAGGCAUCUAUGAGCGUUACAACUUUGAUUUUUUGUUAAAAUGCGAUGAUGAUUCUUAUAUCUUGGUGCAUAAGAUCUUGAAGGAGCUAGACAGGUGGCAGAACAAAGGUACUAGAAGAGAGCUCUAUUGGGGUUUCUUUAAUGGACGAGCGCAGGUGAAGAGAAGCGGUCCCUGGAAAGAGACAGAUUGGAUCUUAUGCGAUUAUUAUCUUCCUUAUGCCUUGGGUGGCGGAUAUGUCUUGUCUUACAAUCUCGUCAAGUUUAUCGCCAGUAAUGCAGAUAUCCUAAAACUGCAAAAUUCUGAAGACAUCUCUGUAGGUCUUUGGCUGGCACCAUUGGCGAAUAUUGAAAGAAAGCACGACGUACGUUUCGAUACCGAAUAUAGAUCGCGCGGUUGUUCCAAUCAGUACAUAAUCACGCACAAGCAAACUAUUCAAAAUAUGAGGAGUAUGCACGAGUAUUAUCAGGCCUCCGGAGCUCUAUGUUCCAAAGAAGAGAAGAAUCGCAUGAGUUAUCAGUACAAUUGGACUGCGCCACCAAGUCAAUGCUGCAACAGACAAUCCGGAAUCCCUUAAUAUAAAAGAAAAAAGAUUUCUGCAAUAUUCUAGUCUGAUUUUUUGAGACUUGCUCAAAAAAAAUAUACUUUUUAUUUCAUAUAUUUAUAAUGAUAUGCCAUACAAGAACAUUUUAUUUAUAUUCUAUCUUAUAUAUUUGUUAGAAUAGUUAUAGAUAAAUAUUAAAUGCCAUAAAAUAAUCAUAUACUUUUCUCAAAUUGUAUUCUAAACAAUAUUAUUGAAUACGGAGAGACAGUUGCAGAUUGCAGUCGCGAUUUUCCUUUUAAAGGAUUAAAAUGAGAAUUAUGAAUUUGAAGUUGACUCGAGCAUUAUUGUAUCAUAGCAUGCUAUUAAGCAAAAACGCGCUUGUAAAUACAUUCUGUAAAUACUUAGCAAUGGAUAGAUAGACAUAGACAAGAUAAGCUUCGAUGAAUCAAAUAUAUUUUUUUUAAUCAUAUA